AGAGAGAGAGAAAUAUGUGAAGAAAGGAACGGCAGCCCAGACCCAGUGUAGAUGAGAAAAGACUGACCAAAAACAAGCCAAACCACCAUCCACCCAUUUCCUUUCUACCCAACUCAUCAGGAUAUCAGAUAAGAUUAUGCCACGUGGCGCACAUGUAGUGAAACCUUCUGAUAUGGGUAGCAUCAAAAUUCUAUGUGGCAAUUAACCUCACCUACAUGAUCCAACGGUCAAAACCCCUCAACCCCAACUUGAACUUAUUCUCGGCCUUUGGAUCCAAGAUAAUGUGUUGAUUUCCCUAUAUAUAGGAUGGAGCACUAUUGAGCAGUUCUCCAACUUCUCCUACUAGUUACUUACUAGAAAAAAACCGAGUAGAAGAGGAUAAGAAAAUGUCCGUCUCCAUGAUGUCUUCGGCCACCGCCGCCCGCACCGCUGCCCCGAUCCAAGCCAGCGGCUUGAUGUCAUCGUUCACCGGGAAGUCCAUGUCUUCUUUUCCCAUGACCAGGAAGGCUAGCGUCGGCAAACGGUCUAGCAAUGCAGGGAGAAUCAAAUGCAUGAAAGUGUGGCCUCCAAAGGGGUUGAUUAAGUUCGAAACACUGUCUUAUCUUCCCCCACUCACAAGGGAACAGCUUUCCAAGGAAGUUGACUACCUCAUUAAGAACGGAUGGGUUCCUUGUUUGGAAUUUGAGACUGAGAGACCAUCUGUGUACCGUGCAUACGGCUCGACCCCGGGGUACUACGAUGGCCGAUACUGGACAAUGUGGAAGCUGCCCAUGUACGGGUGCACCGACUCUAGCCAGGUCUUGAACGAGGUCGACGAGUGCGUCAAGGAGUACCCGGACGCGUUCGUCCGCAUCAUCGGAUUCGACAACGUCCGCCAGGUCCAGUGCAUCAGUUUCAUUGCCCACAAGCCCCCUAGUUUCAAGUGAAUAACUAAGCCUCCCUGGGGGAGCUGAAGAAGAUGUUGUUUCGAUGUACUUCUCAAGUUGAAUUUGUUGUUUCCAAUUUCUACAACUUUUUAAUUGGGUUUUUUUUUUCUUUUUGUAUUAGUCUGUUUUGCAUUUUGGAUGUUUUCACUUUUGAUUUCUCCGGCUCUGUUUUCCGGAGUUUUCAAAUGAGGUGGAAAAGAGAUUUAAUAUAAUAAAAAUGCAAAAUAUUUUUUU